AUGUCUGACACCACGAAGGACUGCGUAAUUGAGGUCGGGGAGGUCACUUCUCCUACGGCCAACGAGAAGUCGGUCGCCAAAAAUCCUUCCAUCGCUACUGAGGCAAUCGGUCGGACAUCUUCCUGGAUCUCUGAGUGGACGCCCUUCGGUCUGGUCGCCUCCUACUACGUCUUCUCGGUAUGCCUCUACAUGUACUGCAGCAACGGGCUGAUUGCCAUCUUCUGGUUCAUAUACAUGUGCACCAACUUUUACAUUGCCGGCACAACUGUCUUGGAGGCCUUCUUCAGUAUCACGCCCUGCCGCGAGGCAAGAGCAAUCGUCACGCAAGCGCAGGAGAAGCAGUGGCUGUUCCCCACGCCACACCACAAGCUACCCAUCCUCGAUCUUCUCAUCGUCGCCUACCUACCCAAUGAGCAGGACAUCAUCAUGGACCGCGCUCUUUACGCGCUUGAACAGCUCGAUUACCCCUCUGACAAGAUCCGUAUCGUCAUCCUCUACAACACCCCCAAGCCAAUCGAGCCAUUGGAGACUGAGCUGCACCAACUCCCUAUGCGCUUCCCCCAUGCAAGGGUCAUCAAGGUACCCAACUCGACUUCCAAGGCAGACAACCUCAACUACUACUUCACGCUGGACACUGGAUCUGACAUCAUCGCCAUCUACGAUUGCGACCACUACCCUCACCCCAACUCACCACGAUGGGCCGCUGAGCGAUUCGUUGCCGAGAAGGAUGUCGACAUCGUCCAAGGCCGCUGCAUCAUCUUCAACUCCGACGACAGCUUCAUGACCAACAUGAUCGCAGUCGAGUUCGACAAGAUUUACGCUGUCUCUCAUCCCGGUCGUUCUACUAUGUGGGGAUUCGGUCUCUUCUGUGGAUCCAACGGUUAUUGGCGCACAUCGCUUCUUCGCAAUCUGAAGAUGGACGACACAAUGCUUACUGAAGACAUCGACUCUGCACUUCGCGCAUUCUCCAAAGGUGCCAAGACCGUUCAUGAUCUCAAUGUAACUUCCUACGAGUUGGCCCCCACAACCUUCAGCGCAUUCUGGAAGCAACGUCUCCGGUGGGCUCAGGGCUGGGCUCAAGCGAGUAUGCGACACAUGAAGAUGGUUUGGAAUGGCGUCAAGGAUCCGUUGCACGAAGAGCAUGCCAAGCGCAGCUUCACUGCCCGCUUCGGUGUUUUGUCGCUAUUACUCAUCCGCGAGUCCUCGUACUAUCUCGUCACACAGUACACGUGUUUAGUCGCAUCAUUCGUUAUCGUCAAGUUCCCGACGUCCGGGGAGGAGCUCUGGAAGCUGGUCUAUUUCCAGUACCCCGUAUCACAGUGGCUUUUCAUUAUCAGUAUUGUCUGCUUGAUUGCUACUCUUUGGAUCACCAACCAGGUCAAAUCCGAGUACAUCUCCAGAAGGAUGAUCAUUCUCUUCUCGGUUCUGUACCCGUUUUACCUGGUUCUCAACGCCACAAUCGGUCUUUACGGCCACGCUCGCCAGCUUGUCAAGUACAGCUCCUGGAACCCAACAGCCAGGAAGUAG